CCCUUUCGCUUUUCAUCCUUGUUUUCUCUCCCUUCUCCCACGACCUCGGUAGUCUUCUGCAAUCCAGAUUCUCAGACUUUGGGUUUUUCUCCCUCUGCCCCUUUCCUCUCUGUCCUAUAACUAGAAGCACCUUUUGGCAUAGACCCGUAUCCCAGUUUCCUCUUUCCCAGGUCCAGCAGCAUCUCAAGGACAUCUACAAGAGGGAUACCUAACUUCAGGGGUCUCUGAAUGAUAUGUGGGAAACAUCGUCUAAAAAGAUGGAAUUUUACUGUGUCAAGAAGCAUUGAAUGCUGAGCGGGAGCUAUGUCAUCCAGAUACAGAUCUCUGCAGAUUUGAUGCUACAGAUGAAGAGUUGAGAUUGUGUCAGGCCUGUGGGUUUGAAUUUGACAUGUGUGAGUGGACGUCAGAAGCAUCUGCUGGCCAAAUUUCCUGGAUGCGCACAAAAGCGAGAGAGAUCCCUGCAUUUGAAUCCACACCUCAGCAGGAUCAAGGAGGUGAUGAUGAAGGUUAUUAUGUAUGGGUAGGCGCUAAGCAUGCUUUCACUCUUAACCAUUUAGACAGCAGGGCUUACCUAAAUAGCUCUGUGUGUCAUUGCCUGGGCAAGAGCUGUCAUCUUCAAUUCUAUUAUGCAAUGGAAAGCAGUGUCCUGAGAGUAAGACUGUAUAAUAAUAAGGAAGAAGAAAUAUUUUGGACAUACAACAUAUCAACUCACAGCCAAUGGGUGAAAGCAGAUGUGUUAAUACCAGAAGAUCUGAAGACAUUUAAGAUUAUUUUUGAAGGGACUCUUUAGAGCCAGAGAAGUUUUAUUGCCCUUGAUCACCUCUGGGUCUAUGCCUGUGGACAGACCCAAUCCAGAAAGCUUUGCUCUGAAGAUGAAUUCCCUUGCACUAGUGGCCAGUGCGUCGCCAAAGAAUCUGUCUGUGACUCUCGGCAGGACUGCUCCGAUGAGAGUGAUGAAGACCCAGCAACUUGCUCAGACUCCAUGGACCAGAGCAUCAGCAUUACCUGGGAACUUAGUGGAAAUGCAGAACCUCAGGCCCUGGCCCAGCCUUACGGAACCAAAAGCUACAUGGAACAAGGUCCCAGCAAAGCAUCUCGCCUGUGACUUUGAGUCGGGUUUCUGCGGUUGGGAGCCAUUUCUCACAGAAGAUUCACACUGGAAGCUGAUGAAAGGAUUGAAUAAUGGAGAGCACCACUUUCCUGCAGCUGAUCACACAGCAAACAUAAAUCAUGGAUCGUUUAUUUAUUUGGAGGCACAGCGCCCCCCCGGGGUGGCCAAGCUUGGAAGUCCUGUUCUUACAAAAUUGCUCACUGCCUCUACCCCAUGUCAGGUGCAGUUUUGGUAUCAUUUGUCUCAACAUUCAAAUCUCUCAGUUUUUACAAGAACGUCUCUAGAUGGAAACUUGCAAAAGCAAGGCAAAAUAAUCAGAUUCUCCGAAUCUCAGUGGAGCCACGCAAAAAUUGAUCUCAUUGCAGAAGCGGGAGAAUCUACUCUACCUUUUCAGUUAAUUUUGGAAGCUACUGUUUUGUCAUCAAAUGCUACCGUUGCUCUAGAUGACAUCAGUGUGUCCCAGGAAUGUGAAAUUUCCUAUAAAUCACUACCAAGGACCAGUACACAAAGCAAGUGGUCUUGCUCUGUUGACCAGACCGUGACCUCCUGGGUUCAAGCGAGGACUCAGCCUCCUGAGUAGCCGGGACUACAGAUUGGACGACUGAUUAUUGGACAGAAUGGCAUCUUGUCGACACCUGCGGUCUCCUGCAUUAUCAGGAAGAUCAAGGCAGCUGGUGGAAUCAUUCUAACAGCCAGCCACUGCCCUGGA